AUGGCAUCUCAACUCCAGAACAGCAAGAUCUGCUUCAUCGGCGGUGGCAACAUGGCUGCUGCCAUCAUCGGUGGCCUAGCUGCAAAGGGCCUCGACAAGCAGAACAUCUGCGUCUCGGAACCCUGGGAUGUCAACCGGGAGAAGAUGGCCGCCCUCGGCGUGCGCACCACAACCUCCAAUGUCGAGGCGGGGCAGGACGCCGACGUUCUUGUCCUGGCCGUGAAGCCCCAGGUCGCAAAGGGCGUUUGCCAGGAGCUCGGCGCAUCGUGGGCGGAGCGCAAAACCCUUCCUGUGGUUGUUUCCAUCGCAGCCGGCAUCACGCUGGUCAGCCUCGUCGAGUGGUUCAAGCUCUCCGACGGGCGGACACCCCACGUUGUCCGCGUUAUGCCCAAUACCCCUGCGCUGGUUGGUGAGGGCGCGUCGGGCCUCUAUGCAGGCUCUGACGUGACUGCCGCCGAGAAGGAGCUUGUCACCUCCCUACUGAGCAGUUUCAGCAAAGCGACGGAGUGGGUGGAUAAGGAGGAGCUCCUCGAUGUCGUCACCGGCCUGUCAGGCUCUGGACCUGCCUACUUCUUUGCCAUGGUGGAACACCUGGUCUCCAGUGCUACAGCCCUGGGACUCUCGGAAGAGCAAGCUACCAGAUUGGCGAAGCAAACAUGCUUUGGCGCCGGCAAGAUGAUGGUUGAGUCCUCAGAAGACCCCGCACAGCUCCGUCGCAACGUGACCAGCCCCAACGGAACCACGCAUGCUGCGCUUCAGAGCUUUGAAGCUUCUGGCUUCAAGGACAUCGUGGACAAGGCUGUCAAGGCAGCUACCAGCCGAGGCGAGGAAUUGGGCAAGAUUCUUGGCCAGUCAUAA